UCUUGUUUGCAUUUGUCGCGGCCCAAACGUCAAGGUGUUUCUUUUCCCCGUUCAGUAAACGAGCGGUUUUUCGGAUAGUAGGGUGCUCUCGUUGUGUUUCAUCACUAAACCUCCACGUAAUUAGUGCAAUUUAAUUAUAUUUUUGUAACUGACUGAAUUUUGUCUCGCGUUAACCAUUGGCCGUCGAGAAAAUAUCAAUAAAGCCAGUGUCGAUUUUUCGUUGUUUUCCUUUGGGUUGUCAUAGCAACCGCAUGCAUUUCACUAAUUGAUGUUAUGCCGGAAAAGAUCUAGUCACUGCCAUUUUCCUACCAUUAAAUAUACGAAUUUUAGAAGAUAAGAAGAUGACGACCAUUGUAGAGCUAGAGAGUUGGUUGAUAUACCAAUGCAUAGCUACAGAAUGUUCCAACUGUCUUUUCAUGACGGAAAGCACUUUCAAGGCCAGAGACAUCGGAUUGAGGGCUCAAAAGAAAAUCCUGAGCCGCAUGGCCGGGAAAAACAUCGCCAAAGUUUUCAUCGAUGACGUCACCGCUUCCCUCCUGGAUAACUUGUAUCGAUUAGCUAAACAAUACUCAAAUAAUAAGAAAGAGGCAGAAAAACUCAUCAAAAACAUCAUUAAAAUAGUCAUAAAAUUGGGAGUAUUACACAAAAACAAUUUGUUAUCCGAGGAGGACUUAAAGCAAGCCGAAAAAUUCAAAAACAAGUUUAGGAUGGCAGGCAUGACGAUCAUAUCCUUCUACGAAGUCGAUUUCAGUUACGACAGAAACUACUUGGUGCAGGCGCUGGAAGAAUCUCGAAAAACCCUCCAGUCGAUCAUCUCCAAACACUUAACGGACAAAUCGAUGGCCAGAGUGGACAGCGUCUUCUCGUUCUUCGGCAACGAAUAUUUUCUGGACGCUAUCUUCAGGAGGGACAGCGACUAUAGAGAAGCACUGGGCAGAGUGGUCAAUGAUUUAAACAAAGCCAUCGAAAAUGGCGAUCUUUGAAUAAUAUUCUCGAUAGGUGGAGUUGAACGAGGUUUUUGGUGGUUUUUGUAAAACUAUUGUUUCAGAAACUUAUGUUGUGGGAGUAGAGAGAGACCAGGGAAUAAAUAUAUGGUCAUUUGAGAAAUGUAUCAUGCUAGUUAUUGUAUUUAAAACGGUAUAAAUUCAACCAUCUAAAGAACAAUCAAGAUGAAUUUAGAUAUAUCACUGUUAUACAGAGUGGUGGAAUUAUAGGAAAUAGUUUUUUAGACCAUAUACCUGUGUAAGUAGGUUUAUUUAAACUAAAAUUUAAACUUAUCUAGUGCUCUACAGAGGGUGUUCCAUAAUGAAAGUGUAUCAAACUUGUGUCUUUUUUAAUGGAGCACCCUAUACCGGGUGCAUCUCAAAAGUGGCUCACCCCUAUAACUUUUUUAUUUUUUCAGUUAAAAAAAACGAGAUUUGGUAUGUUAGUAU